CCCCCGGGGAGGUUAUACUCAUGGGACCUUUUCAGAUAGGUAAACAGGGAAGUGGCCUUAGGGAAGUGAACAUUAUUCAUCACUUCUGAGCCUACGACAACUGAAUCUCUUUCUCACAGUAAGUUGUGAACUACCCAGGGGCAGCAUCUUUCUAAGGACUUUUUGGCUCUGAUUCCUCAUCUGAGCAAAUUCAUUUAAAGCUCCCAGGACUUAAAGUCUCUCCAAAUGGAUAAGAAGCUAGAUGUCUUCAGGAGGGAGUUAGUGAAUGUUCAAGGUAUCCCUCUCUUUUGGAGCACUGCUGAGCAAUGGUCCCAGGUGGAGUCAUUUGAAGCCCGACCUGAUGACAUUUUGAUCUCCACCUAUCCCAAAUCUGGGACAACUUGGAUCAGUGAAAUACUGGAUUUGAUCUAUAACAAUGGAGAUGCAGAGAAAUGUAAAAGGGAUGCAAUCUACAACCGAGUACCAUUCAUGGAGCUUAUAAUACCUGGAAAAACAAAUGGUGUUGAAAUACUGAAAAAUAUGCAGUCUCCUCGACUAGUGAAAACUCAUCUUCCUGUUCAGCUGCUUCCUUCCUCAUUCUGGAAAAAUGACUGCAAGAUGAUCUAUGUGGCACGGAAUGCCAAAGAUGUGGCUGUUUCUUACUAUUAUUUUUACCAAAUGGCGAGAAUACACCCAGAGCCUGGCACCUGGGAAGAGUUCCUCGAGAAAUUCAUGGCUGGGCAAGUGAGCUUUGGUCCCUGGUAUGAUCACGUGAAGGGCUGGUGGGAGAAAAGGAAAGAAUACCGGAUCCUUUACUUGUUUUAUGAAGAUAUGAAAGAAGAUCUAAAGUGUGAAAUUCAAAAAUUAUUAAAGUUUCUAGAAAAGGAUAUACCAGAAGAAACUGUAAAUAAAAUCCUCUACCAUAGCUCUUUCAAUGUUAUGAAGGAGAAUCCUAGUGCAAAUUACACCACAAUAAUGAAAGAGAUGAUGGACCACUCUGUGUCUCCUUUCAUGAGAAAGGGCAUUUCAGGUGAUUGGAAGAAUCAGUUCACUGUAGCCCAGUAUGAGAAAUUUGAAGAAGAUUAUGUCAAGAAAAUGGAAGAAUCCACACUGAAGUUUAGAUCAGAGAUCUAGGGAGUGUUUGCUUCUCCUCAGUCUCCUUUGUCAGGCACCAACGUUAGAGAAAAGGCACAAUCAUGGCUCAGUAAAAGAAAUGUUUAUAUUAUUUUUCAAUAUUUACUAAAACUCAUGCUCUUGAAAUGUACAAAUAUCAGGUAAUAAUUCUCUCCUAAUUAUCUUCCUUACCAAAGGUUCAUACAGUAGUUUCCCUUUUACUUUCUGUUAUCAAAAUAAUACCAUUUUAAGAGGCUUUAUAACAUAUUUUUGGGUUCAAUUCCUAAUAGCUUUUUGUCUAUCUAGAGGCCUCCUAGAGGAAGAUUACGUUUCAUCAACUAAUUCAACUUCAUCUGUGGUUAUUUUACAUUUUAAAAUAUUAUGUCUUUAACAUUGCCAAAUUAUUUAAAUUCAUUAUGUCAGAAUAUUCCAUUUCCCCUUAUGUCUAAUUUAGAAAUAUUAAAUUUUAAUGAAAAAAAUCAAUGGUACCCAUUUUAUAGGAUUUAAAUCAAGAAAAUUAGAGAUCUAUUUUUUUUUGUCCUUCAUUUCAUAUAUUGAAGCUAUUAUGAAACUUAUUACAGAAAAUGUUGAGGCUUGUUCAAAAUAUUCUAAAUUACUAUUCUAUUAUCUAUUUUAUGUCCAUGUAACAUCACUUCUGAAAUGAAAACUCUUUACAGUAAAUUAAUUUCCACAAUCUCUCUUCUUUAUUUGGUUUGGUAUCACAUCAGGGUCAUUUUGUUCCGUCUGGAAUUCUCCAUUCCUGAAUGAGAUAAAUACUCAUUUUUGAACUAUCAAGAGAUGUGAAUUCAAAACACUUUACAUUUGUCUUCAGGAACUAAUGUUUAGUGAAAAAUGAAAAUGUAAAAAUAAAUGAAUAACGUAUUAUCAAUAACGUAUGAUGCCAUUCAAUAAAUAACAUUCUUGACAUGAGAUAAUUGAUGAAGUGGACAGCCAGUUAAUGGUAGCAUAAUUUAAUGAAGAACCUUAAAGGGCAUGAGAGGAGUCAUAGAAUAGCAACCUGGACAAUAUUGCUGUUGACCAAGUAGUCUAUAAUGUAUUAAUAUCCUGGUGAUAAUAAAAUGUUAUAGGUUUACCAGAUGUUACUACUGGAGAAAAUGAAGUUAUAAUUUCUUACCAUUUCAUGCUGAUUGCCUCUAAUUUUUACAUUAUGUUUAAUGAAUGUCUUACUAAUUUUAAAUUUUCUAAAGCCAAGAUAAUUUUAAGUAACAACAGUAAUGACUGUCUAAAAUAAAAUGCCCUUAAAUAAAGUAAACAAUGACCUAAU